GUUUCCUGGCGGAGCUGCGGAGGGAACCGGACCGGACCGGACCGGGUCGAGCCCAGCCGUGCUGUUCGUGUCUGUCUGCGACACAAAUCCUCCUCGCUCUGAAUGCAGCAUCGGCCACCAUGGCUCCAUCGCUGUCCUCUUGUUUUCACCGCUGAAGUCACGUCGUUGGAUGCUCCGGUAACCGGAGGAGGAAGGAGGAGGCGGAGGGGGCAUCCCUAGCGGUCUUCGGCUACCAGACUGGCUCACCCCGGGAACGCCUGAGCUCUGGAGGAGGAGGAGGAGAAGACGAUUCAGAGAAGAGAAGAGUGAGGAAUGCUCCGAAACAAGGCUUAAGAAGGAAGGAAGGAGAGAACGAGGAGGAGAGGAGGGAAGAAGACAGCAAUUAGCACUGUGACAAGAGGAUCGCAGAAGGUGACGGCCCGCUGGAGGCAGGCCCACAGGUCCAGCUGUGGUAUCCCACUGAGUUCAGGACAACCGGAACGCUCACCACACUGGGAGAACUGGUGUUGAGGAGAAGCCAACAUGAGCGACCAGAACGUCGUCAAGGAAGGCUGGGUCCAGAAAAGAGGUGAGUACAUCAAGAACUGGCGACCGCGUUACUUUCUGCUGAAGACAGACGGCUCUUUCAUCGGCUACAAGGACAAACCGCAGGAUUCAGACCUGGCUUAUCCUCUCAACAACUUCUCUGUAGCAAAAUGCCAGCUGAUGAAGACCGAACGGCCCAAACCCAACACCUUCAUCAUUCGCUGUCUACAGUGGACCACCGUCAUCGAGAGGACCUUUCAUGUGGACUCUCCUGAUGAGAGGGACGAGUGGGCCGAGGCCAUCCAGAUGGUAGCAGAGUCUCUAGCUAAGCAGGAGGAGGAAGGCAUCCUGUGCAGCCCCACGUCUCAGAUUGAGAAUGUCAACGAGGAGGAGAUGGACACCUCCAUCAGCCACUACAAACGAAAGACAAUGAAUGACUUUGACUAUCUGAAGCUUCUUGGCAAAGGCACCUUUGGAAAGGUAAUUCUGGUGAGGGAAAAGGCUAGCGGCACCUACUACGCCAUGAAGAUCCUGAAGAAAGAAGUCAUUAUCGCCAAGGAUGAAGUUGCUCACACACUCACAGAAAGCAGGGUAUUAAAAAACACGCGGCACCCUUUUCUAACUUCUCUGAAGUACUCAUUCCAGACCAAGGAUCGACUCUGCUUCGUCAUGGAGUACGUCAACGGAGGAGAGCUAUUUUUCCACUUGUCCAGGGAGAGAGUCUUUUCUGAAGACCGUACCCGUUUCUAUGGUGCUGAGAUCGUUUCUGCUUUAGACUACCUACAUUCUGCCAAGAUCGUCUACCGGGAUCUAAAGCUUGAGAACCUAAUGUUGGACAAAGAUGGCCACAUCAAGAUCACAGACUUUGGUCUGUGUAAGGAGGGCAUCACCGACACGGCCACCAUGAAGACGUUCUGUGGAACACCUGAAUACCUGGCUCCUGAGGUUCUGGAAGACAACGACUACGGGCGGGCAGUGGACUGGUGGGGCUUGGGUGUGGUCACAUAUGAGAUGAUGUGUGGCCGCCUCCCCUUCUACAACCAGGAUCAUGAAAAGCUGUUUGAGCUCAUCCUGAUGGAAGAGAUCAAGUUCCCACGAACGCUUUCAGCAGACGCCAAGUCGCUGCUGUCAGGACUGCUGAUCAAAGACCCCAACAAACGGCUGGGCGGCGGACCGGAUGACGCGAAGGAGAUCAUGCGACACAGUUUCUUUGGCAGUGUGGACUGGCAGGACGUCUACGACAAGAAGUUGGUCCCGCCCUUCCAGCCCCAGGUGAGCUCAGAGACGGACACGCGCUACUUUGAUGAAGAGUUCACAGCACAGACCAUCACCAUCACCCCGCCAGAGAAAUACGACGAGGAUGGGGUCGAUGCAGCGGACAAUGAGCGAAGGCCUCAUUUUCCCCAGUUCUCCUACUCUGCCAGCGGGCGGGAAUGAGCCCUCCGGCCCAGCCUGGCCAUACCGUCCCAUCGUCGGCCAUUUUGAGGAAAACUCGUAGCCAUUCUAGGAAAAGAAGUACCAGUCUCCCCUCUUUCUCUUCUGUCUGCAGAUGGGAAGAAGUCUUAAGGGACUUUAAAAGAGGUUUUUGCACAGUGGGACAGAUUCAAGCCGGUCUCCCCACACUAAAAAAUCCCAGAUUUUCAGCUCCAUGUCCUGCAGAAGGCAACGUUCUUGUUAUUUAUUUGGUCUUUCAUCAGUAUUAAGUGGUCGGCCCAGGAUGUGUUCAUCUGUUCUCAUCAGUUCUGCCCUUUUCUCCUUUAGUUUGGACUUGUUGCACUUGGUUUGGAAUGGCCUUUCUAGGGAACAAAAACCAAAAAUGUUGCCUUACGUGUGCAGAUGUUUGGGUCGGGUCAGGACGGGUGCAUGUCCCGUGGUUCACUCCUCAUCCUGUUGCUAUGGGGGCACACAUUCCCAAAUCCCCGGCAGUCCCGCCUGUUAGGAGAGGACAACGAUGGAAGUUCUGCAGAAACACCUCAGAGCUCCUUCAUCUGAAACGGCGCACACCAUCUGGAGCCCAGAGCACAACCACAGCUCCUCCUGCUGCUCCUCUGUCUGGUCUCCUCAGCAGCAGACUUCAGGAAAGACGUUUCAACGUGUGAGCUGCUGUAGCGUAGAGGCGUGACUCAGAAGUUACUGAAGGAAGAAGAUUUUGUUUCUGUCUAUCGGUGUGGAGCCUGAGGAGGAGGAAGUGGAGGAGGAGGAGCCAGAGGAGGAGGAACUGGAGGAGGAGAAGCCUGAGAAGGAGCCUGAGGGGGAGGAGCCAGAGGAGGAACUGGAGGAGGAGGAGCCUGAGGGGGAGGAGUCAGAGUAGGAGGACCCUGAAAGGGAGGGACCUGAGGGGGAGGAGCUGUAGAAGGAGGAGCCUGAGGGGGAGGAGUCAGAGUAGGAGCACCCUGAGGAGGAGCCUGAAGGGGAGGGGCCUGAGGGGGAGGAGCUGGAGGAGGAGGAACCUGAGGGGGAGGAGCUGGAGGAGGAGCAGCACUCCACAACACGACCAGAUGUUAUUAAUCAUGUUAGUGAGGAGCUUCCACAGGUAAAACAGCUAAAUUGGCACCAAUCAGAUCAUAACAGUGAGACACACAACUUCCUCCUGUCCUUCAAAAUAAGAGUCUUAAUAGCCACAGACUAAAUGCUCCCAAAAAUCUUCUUCUCGAUUUCCAAGGAAAUCCUUCUACAGGUUCAGUUUAGACAGAAGGUGCCUUGGUGGUCCCACACAAGGCAUUGUGGGUGUUGUAGUUCUUGACCAGGGCUGGUUCAGAUUCCUGUUUAAACUUUACUCUGUUUCACCUUUCUCUCACACACACACACACACACACACACACGUUUCCUUUGACGGUCCCAGGACAGCCCAAACACCACAGGACUCUAUCGUAACCCGUGAGCCCAGAUCUGAGCAGAGCGUUGCUCCGGACUCACACCGCUGAACCGACAGGUGCUUUUAGGACCUUCUCUUCUGAUCUUAUGUUUUACUGUAACUCACUGUGUGAUCUUGAUGUUAAGCUAAGUGUAGUCAGGUUCUACCCAUGUAUGCUGUUGGCUCUGGUUCUGGACCAUCUCCAGCUGAUCCACCUCUACAAGCUCAGUGAGAUCUUCCACCGCUGGUCUGCUGGAAGCCCGAUGACCUUUGACUCAUUCAGACUUGCGUCAGUCAGUGAGAUGUGCUCUGGGCGGAUUCAAACGGAUCGAUUUGUUCCUGGAGGAAAGUGAAUGUCUGACUGUUGUGAUGAAGACGAGCAGAGAAGGGAUGAAGACAUGAGGGGCAGCUGGACUGGCUUUAUUUUGAAAAUAUCAGCAGGAUGUGUGGGAUUUGAACCACACACCACAGUGACGUCUGGGUAAGGACACACUACCUGCUCCGUUUUUAAGUCUGAACUAUGAAUCAGCAGAGAAGUGAGCCGUGAGGACUGUGAGGCUCCUGGAGGAACUUCUCGUGUACAUAUGCAAUGCUUUCUAUUUAUUUAGUUCAGAUGAUGCAGAUGAAAAAGUGCAUUUGUGGGAAACGUCUACAGAGAAUUGAGGACAAGACCCGACUACUGAUGAUUUUUAUUGUUUUUUUAUGCCCCCCCCCCCCCCCCCCCCCCCCCCGAAAUAAAGCCUCCGUGGAAUCAGCGGCUGAUGUUUUUCCUUUUAUGCUGAUAACAUCAGGUUGUUCCUGCCUCCUCUCACCCCUCCAUAGUGUUUGUUUUAUUUAUGUUUGUCAUGCCGAGCAGUGUUACCGUGUAUGUUUAAAAAAGGCACAUUCCGGAAGUCUCUGGAGGGUGUUGGAUGCCAUAACAAGUCUUUUUCCAUUGUUUUUGGGAUGUUUUCUUACCAAAACGUUAGGGCAAGAACCGAGUAGUGGACUUGAAUUGCCGUAGUAGUAUUUAUUUUUGAAUUAAAUUAAAACAAGUACAUU